AUGAGUGUUCCAUCCGAAUCAGCCGCAGGGUCUCUGUCGCGAGGGAGGCUCCUGCUCCGUCGAGAACGAGAACGCAAGAAGCGUUUCGAGCAUCAGGUGGCACGGGGCAGACCGGACACUGGGUGGAGGAAAUGCGGUGACGGGACAUGCUCCCGGCCCAGCUGCCGCUACGAGGACAUGAGCGGGACAGUGAGAGAUAAAGAGAGCAACCGGAACGGGAUCCCGACCAAGGACAUGUUUCAGAGGUUUGCGGAUGAAAUGGUAGGCUGCAUGUGGCCAGACGAGUGCCUAGGCGGGAGCAGGGGCUCGAAGCAUCGGGCGGUCGAGUCUUUGGCCACAUCACCACCUACAAGAUUCGCGUUCUGGCAAUUCCGGGAGACGUGCAGAAAGCAGCAGCUGCAGCCGUCGGAGAAAGGGAUGAAGAAGAUGCUCAUGUCGCUUCUGCCGGGGCUCCGGCGGCAUAUGCCAGAGGUCGAGUCGCUCGUGCACCAGGAGGCGGACGCCGACUGCAGAGAGGCAAGCAGGGAGCGGAGGCUGCACGACGCUGCCAUGGAGUUUGUGGUGGAUGUUGAGGUGUGGCGGCGCUCACAGGAUGGGCGAUUCCGGGCCUGGACGUUUGGGCAGGGGGGCGAAGCGGCCGAGUUUCUGGCGGCGCUGCUGCUCCAUCUGUGGUUGAUGGACAGGGAGGACUGCUUCGAGGCGGAAAGGGGGAUGGACGGGCGGCGAUGUGACGAGCUGUGGCAAGAGUGGCUGGACGAGAGGCCGGCGGUGGUGUUGGAGGAGGAGGCGAAGGAGGAGGCGGCGGAGGGGAAAGAAGGCGAGAUGCGGAGCUAUAUUGGGGGAUGGGGAGAGGCGCGAUGGCUGGGAGGAGGAGAGCGACGAGACUGA